AUGUACCACAACCCCUCAGCAGCAUCAUGGAAAUACACAAAUCCCUGCGCAAACCCAGCCGUCGAGGCUUUCCACAAGACUCUACCCGACUACGCCGUCACCCCUCUAACCCCCCUACCAGAGCUAGCCCAACAACUCAACAUCAGCCAUGUAUACCUCAAGGACGAAUCCUCACGCCUAGGCCUCCCAGCCUUUAAGAUCCUAGGCGCAUCAUGGGCCAUCCACAAAGCCGUAGCCUCAAAAUGCAACCUCCCCGUGACCACUUCCCUGGACGAAAUGGGUGCUGCGGCACGGAACGCCGGCAUCGAACUAGUCACAUGUACCGAGGGGAACUGGGGAAGAGCAGUAGCGAGAAUGGCGAAGUAUAUGCAGAUUAAAGCUGUCAUCUUUGUGCCCGACUUUAUGGAUGAGGCGACGCAGAGGAAGAUUGAAAGUGAAGGGGCGAAGGUCGUGGUGGUGGAUGGGGAUUAUGAUUAUUCGAUUGCAAAGGCGAAAGAGGAGGCGGAUAAGGGCGGUAUGCUAGUCAUGGAUGUGUCGUGGAAGGGGUAUGAAGAGAUUCCAGAGGUGACGUGGUACGCCUUUUUCGAAAACGGGUCGAGGCUGAUAGCAUACAACAGCUACAAGAAUUGGGUAUACAGAAAGCAACCCAUGCCAUCGCAGCCGUUGGUGUAGGUUCGUGGGCCCAGGCAGUCACUAUGCAUUAUAAAGCCCAGUCACCAUCUGCCACCGUCAUCACGGUUGAGCCAGAUACAGCAGCGAGCCUGAAGGCGAGUCUUGAAGCCGGGCGAGUCACACCCAUUUCAACUGGAAAUACCAUUAUGAAUGGCAUGAAUUGUGGGACUACUUCGACGACAGCGUGGGAGGUUCUGAGACAAGGAGUGGAUAUCAGUGUCACUGUGUCGGAUAUCGAUGUUCAUAAUGACUUGCAAUAUUUGCAUAGCCAGGGAAUCAAGAAUGGGCCUUGUGGAGCGGCUACGAUGACUGCGUUGAAAAAUUUGUGCAAGGAGCAGAAGGCGAAGCUAGGCUUGAAUGAUAAUUCGGUGGUGGUAUUGUUUAGUACUGAGGGCGCGAGGGAUUAUGUUACCCCAUCCAAGCCUUGAGCCUAGCUCGUGAUAGGAAACCAGAAGCCCUAGACGCAUAAAUAUUGCAUCUUGUCAUCAGCCAA